AUGGUUAUCUCCAAGAAAGGCGUUUAUAGCCCUGACAGCGACACUCACGACCAAGGCCCUGGAAGCAGUCAAAGUAAAAAGACCAUCGUUUAUUUCGAUAGUCGAGCUGAAUGUGCGAACGCUCAGACAUAUUUGAGGUGUCUGGCGCCGGAGCAUUUACGAAAACGGAUCGGCGUUUACCAUGCGGGGAAGUCAGAUGAGCGCAAGGAGUUGGUCAUGAAACGAUUCACGAACAACAACUACUGGAUAUUAUUGGCAACAGAAGCUGCUGGGAUGGGCUGUGACAUCAGCGAUGUGGUCCGAGUAGUGCAAGCCAUCUCCAACAAUACAUUAACGCCCAUCCGUGUCGCCAAGCUGUCCUCAACAGAUUUUUCAACAACACGCCAGUGCAGGUCGUUAAUUGCUGCGACAAGUGUCAACUCAACCUGGAGACUCCAGCACAGAUGGGCACCCGAUUGGUACCUCCAAGCCUGCGUCGCCUACAGACCUGGAAACGCGCUGCCGGACAAAAUGAUAGACAGGAUCAUCAAAAAGUUCGGAAGUAUCAAAUCUGCGCUCGAACUUGUGGAAGUUGCCGAUUGGUCUGAGGAUGUUGCCGUAGUUCAAACUCUUUGGGACGUUCUUAGUCAGCUCGAUAUUACUUCAAACAAGCCGCCAUCCACAAGGAUACAUGUCGAGAACGAUUUGGAGACGACGGAAAGUUUUGUGGCAGAAGAAUUUGGAGUCGAUGCGCUGAGUUCGCCAGUUCUGUGGCUUCAUCGGAUCGAGGAGCCAGAUUUAGAGGAUUUAGAGGAGUUUGAGUAUCCACAGACACCUACUGUUAACCGCGCUCAAGAAUACCCGAGAACGCCCACUAGAGCUCCCACUCAACGGACAAAUUACCAAUUUCAGGAUUUCACGCCUACUAGUAAUCGUCAACAGGCACUUAUUAUCAGUCAACCGCACACGCCCACUAUCACUCCUAUUAAAUUGGUACAAUAUCGGCCACAGGAUUCCACGCCUAUCAAGAGUCGUCAACAAAGAGCUACUAACAGUCGUCUGCAGACUCCCGUCAAAAUUCUGAAGUGGAAACCAUAUGAGGCGGGAAACACGCCUUCAAAGGUUCGCCAACAGACGACUAUAAGCGGUCGCGCGCAGACGCCACUCACGAUAGGACCAAACCCUUGA